AUGGAGCUACUCUCCGAGGUCGAGUCGUUGUGCGACUCGCUCUUUUGGGACAGAGCGGACGUCGGAAAACGACUCGCCUCCCUGCGCAAGCUUCAGACCGCGGUGACGUGCGAAGAGGAGCUCAAGCGUCACGGCGGCGUGGACCGGUUGCGUAAGGCGCUCGCGUGGGACGAUGAAGAGGCUGUGGACAUCGCCGCGUCCGUCCUCGCGUCGUGCUCGGGGUACACCGCGCGCGGCCCGGGGACGCGGACGCAAACCUUCGGCGAACACUCCAUCGCGGUGCACGAGACGGACUACGUGGAGGGAGGAUUGGGGUGGAGGGUGUGGGCGUCGGGGGUGGUGAUGUGCCGGGAGCUGCUCGCGCGACACGGCGAGAUCGGACUGAACGGCGCGGACGUGCUGGAAGUGGGCGCGGGGUGCGGCGUCGUCGGCUUCCUCGCCGCGAGGCUGGGCGCCCGACGGGUCACGUUUACGGACUACCUCCCGGGUCUCCUCUCGAACCUGGACAAGUCCGUGGAGCUCAACGCGGAGGCGUCGCGCGGGUGCGAACUACGCGUGAGACACCUGGAGUGGCUCGCGUCCGUCCCGGGGCUGAGCGAGGAGUCGGCGAGGCCGGUGGGCGGCGACGGGAGCUGCUCGGGCGGCGACGCUAACAGCUUCGCGGCGAUGGCGCGAGAUCGGGCGCUGGCGACGGACGAGACGUUCGCCGUGAUCCUGGGCAGCGACGUGUGCUACGAGGAUCCGCUGCCGAAGGCGCUGGCGCACACGCUGUCGAAACGGUUGGCGAGACCGGGCGUGGCGUGGCUCACGCUGCCCGUGCGGGACUGGCCGGGCGAGAGCGGCGAGGCGGUGAUUGAACGGCUGGUGAAAUUCGCGACCGACCUGGGGAUGGCCGCGACGGUCGAGAAGGCCCCGGACCUGGAGGAGGAGGAGUACGAGGGAGGAACGUUCGUCAGGCACCGGGGUGGGAUGGUGCACGUGUGGCUGAGGCACGAGUAG